UCAUAUCCUUAAGUUUAACUUCUACUUAUUAAAAAAAUAAUUUUAAAGUAAUCCUGAAGUUUGAUGCAGUUUAUGAGUCCGUCAGUAUAUUAUAUGUCUGUGCUGGCCAUCGAAUAAAGACUGACGUAUGAGUCAGCCGGACUUCAUUGAUAGGGAAGAAAUAAUUUUUCAAAAUUUAAGGUGGUUGAAAAAAAGACGUAAAAAAAAGUCAAUUGAAAUGGAUAUUUACUUUGUCGAUAACGGAAGACAAGAUGAAAUUGAAACGUUUUACGAGGCGUGCCAACGUCAUAGGGACUAUUACAGAGGUUAUCCCAAAGCCCAUCACCCACUGCUGUACUUCAAGGAUCCCGAGUAUUCGUACCAGUGUCCAUCGGAAAUGACUCCCGUGUACCUGUCGUUCCCGAUGUUCCACGUGAAGUACAAGCAGCCCGCGGUUCUGCCGCAGGAGUCGGGUCGCACCAGCGGAAUCCCUGCCCUCCCCGACCGCACUCUCGCCGGCCGUUUCAAUAAGGCCGCUUGCAAAGCGUUCGUGAGAUAGAAUUAAAAACUAUACAAAUCAUUUAAACUUUAUUUCAUAUUCUAAAAUACACGGAACUGGAGAAUUCCGGUAUUCUCGACAAAAUAAAAAUAAACUCCGAAAGGCCGAUGCCUCCGGUGAAGUCCAACUUGAUCUCUUCCAAUAUCUGAAACGGAAACGAACGAUGACGCGUCUCCUUCUUUAGAGGAUGCAAUCGUCACUCUCUACUUACAAUGUUAGCAAUUUUCAUUUUGGAAUCGGGAUCGAGGCAGCGAUUGCGAUGAUCGGAGUCCCGCGUCAAUCGGUCUAAAAUGUUGCAUAUGUCGGUUGCGUUUAUUUGAUUGUCUUCGUCGAUAUC